AUGAGCUUUGACGCUGGCGGUCUUGCUCAAAUGACUUACAACAAUAACGGCAACGGUUUUCCUUCCACCGGUCUGGGUCUGCCUGGCUCAGGCUUUGGCGCUCGCGGAACUCGUCACAACACUAAGAGGUUAAGUGUCGCCCUUCCGCCCAGAGUGCCGGCCAUCAGCGAGAACCAGGUGGAUAAUCCUACUCCACGCACCAGCCGCUCCCACCUGCUUGCAGGUCUCCGAACCCAGCCCAAGACUCCAGCAGUCCCGGCUUCCGCUCCUUACCACCAGAGUCACCACUCUAUCAACGGCCUUGCUUCACGAUGGGCGGACCAACAGAACUACGGCGGCUACAAUCAGGGUGUGCCGCAGACAGCUACGGGCUCUAGCUUUGAUAUGCAUGGUCAAUACGCCCAGAGCGCUGGACAGCAAGUCUAUUCUCUCCCUGAGCAGGUGCUGGCACCCCCAGCUGCCUUUGAUCAGCUUGAUGAGAUGGACCCAGUCGUCCUUCAGCAGAUGCAGAUGCAGCGUCUCUACCUUGCUCAACGUCAACAGCAGCUUCAGCAGCAGCUCGCCAGCCUCACGGCCGCUGCUCAGAGCAUGAACAUCAACGGCAAUAUGCGUCCCGCCUCUUUCCACCAAGGCCCCAUGACGCCUCAAACGCCGCAGAACUCCUAUGGCCAACAGCAGAUCCAGUCUCCAAUCGAUGUUCCUGGCCAGCCUGGCGUCUUCCUCGUAUACAAUCCAGCCAUCCAAGGCUAUGCGUAUGCGGUCGACCCCAGCAUGCAGCAGGCUCAACAGACCAUGUCUCCUGUCAACCAGAACCAGGGCAAUCCGUUCUCUCCGGCCAAGUCAGUAUCCCCGGCCCAGAGCUUCGGUGCGAACUAUCCAGUCAACGAGCGCUCCACGCCAACCAACGGCCGCUCCUUCACGCCUCCAAAGAAGGCUCCAUCCCCACCCACCUCCCUCGAGCAUGUCGAGCCACUGCCACCUCCAUCUGCGACUGCUUUCCGACGUGGCCAUAAGAAGGCUUCGUCAUUGGCUAUCAACGCCUUCGGGAACGUAGCAGAUGGUCCAAAGACAUCAUCGGUCGCUACCUUUGGGUCGCAGCGCGUGGCUUUCCCUCCCACACCAAUGACGGGCACUUUCGGACCUGGAGCAGCACGUGCUGGCGAGCACCCAACGCGCCAACCUCGCGGACCACCUCCGUUGGAGGAGCUCACUGCUGCACCGACCAGCAAGCACGAAGGCAGCAAGAACUUCGCUACCCGUCAGCGACGCCGAGCACUCGACAGCCUCAUGAAGGCUGGUACUCAGCGUCGUGGGGUCUCGCAAUCCUCCGGCGGAAGCCCGGUUAGCGAGCGUGAAUACAACUUCCCCAUUCACGAGGAGACUGAGGAUGUCAACCCUACCGGAGGUGCUUGCAGGAAGAUGAGUCCCAUCGGCUCCGAGAUGAAGGAGAAGCGUGGCUCUCAGGGCUCUGAUGGCGGAUACUUCGGUUUGAGCUCUGCCUCUAGCAGCGAGGGCGAGGACUUUGGAGCUUUCAAGCAGCCACCCACCCCAGCAACACCCGGCGCACCUUCAGGUGACCGCAAGAAGAUGAUGCUCGGCGUUCUCAACGCUGCCGAGAAGCGUCGAAGCUACGCGUACUAG